AUGGAAAUAAGCGAUAAUCGCGGCGCAAAUUUCGAAUUCAGCCUAGAAGCUAGAGCCGCCAUUGUAGCCGUCAGGGCAAGUGGUAUAAGUCGGAAGGAGGUAGUAGACGCGUUCGGCACGUCAAGGCCCCAAACUAUCACUGAUAUCGCCGGACGCGCUAAAAUGACGAAAGCCACAGCUACGAAGAAGCGGAUAGGUGUAUCGGUACACCUAGAGACUAUUAAGGUAGUUAUACACCGGGAAGACAAUGACAGACAGGGCGAGAAAUUCACAAAGGAAAACUCGCUGGAUGGCAGACAUGUCCCUGCGUUUGAUAAUGAGAAGGCUACCGAAUCAGAGGAAGGGGAGAAGACGACAGAGAACGCCGAUCCAUUGUCAAUAGAAGAGGACGAAAAAGACCGCGAUACGGACGUGGGCCGAGUUUCAGGUCCAGGCGCCUACAGCUCGGGAGACGCCCGACCAAUGUCUCGUAUUCAGAUUCUUGGGGAAGAGAGCGACGAGCUCGCUUCUGAGAGAGAGGCGUUAAACGGGUUCAUUUGCACACCCUCUGAGGACAGGAGUCUCAACGCAGGUAAUGAGAAGUUUUAG